CGGCUUUUAUAUUUGGUGCGUUCAAAUUGCUUUUCACCAUAAGCUGAAGCCGCUUUCGAUGCGCAUAGUGUUUGUACGUUCUCGCGCUUCUUCUACUUAGCAACUUUUAUACUUCGAAUUUUUGUAAUCAGUAUCGCCAAGAUGAAAGUGACAUGGGCUUUAAUUUUCUCCUUGAGCUACUUUGCCGCCGUUUAUGCUCAUCCUGCACGGAGGGAAGCGUCGGAGGAAGUAGAAUUCGUCCCACUUGAAGACCAAACAGGUAGGCCUAUUGUGGACACCGGCGUGAUUGGCGGAGGACCAUGGUACAGUCCAUUCGACGAUGUAUUUGGAAGCUUCGCAGCAAUGAUGGCCCGAAUGAGGCAACAAAUGGACUACCUUUUGCGACAUUUGCCAUUCAGAAAUGGUACCAUUGACAAUAACGGACCAUUCCCAGCAUUUCCUGGUAUUUCUGAUAUCGAUUUGAGCAAAGGAAAUACCACCUCAGUUACAAAGGUGAUUGAUGGACACAAAGUUGUCAUAAAUGAAACUUCGUACAACCAAGAAGGUGAAAAUGGCGGAUCUUUCUUCAAAGUGCGCAUUAUUGACGUCCAACCGGAUAGCAGCGAGCUGACCACGGAGAAAAACGCCGAAAGCAUCACCACUCCGCCAAAAGAACCCGAAUCCGUAGAAGACAGUUUCGAGAAUGAAAUUUCAAAAAAUAGAGAGACCGAGGACUCUAGCACCACUGAAACCUUUGACCAAACCGAUUCUUCCCUUCCGUCUCAAAAAGCUACCAAUGAAAACUUGAGUGAAGACGGCACGGAAAGUUUGGAAAGAAUGGAAGGAAAUUCUGUCAAAUCAGUAUUACCCCAGCGCUUCUCACCCGGAACUAAAUUCGAGAAACUUACAACUGGAAAUUCAGAAUGGAACUCGAUUGAGCCUUUUGAAAGUUUUGAAGAUAAUUCAGUCGAUUCUGUUUAUCGUCCACCUGAUUUAAGCAGAGAUACAUAUGUAAAUCAGAUAAUGGCCGACGCUGGUGCACCUAUAAAUCCUGAUGCUGAAGUUUUCAGCAGCGCAGAAUACAACGUACCCUUUUCAACUGGAUCCAGACAACCUUUUGAAAAAAUAACAAAUCCAAGAUAGUUAAACGGAUAACUUGUGACAACAGACUGACAUUUUUUAUAAAUUACCUGCCAAAGAACCUGUAACCUCCUUACAUUAUUUAUUUAUUUAUUUACUCAUUGUUCCAGUUUUUGUACUAAUGUUGAUUUUGUUGGAGAUGGCUAUGAUUUUUUAUUUUUUAUGAAAGAAUAAAUUAUUGUCUUUAUUACUAAA